AUGUCUGCCUCAACCACUCCCCCGGAGGCCUCAUAUACCGCCAUGGACAGAGACGUCGAAGCCAUCGGCGCGCACUGCGAAUUCGCCUACUGCCACCAACUCGACUUCCUCCCCUUCCGGUGCGACUCGUGCCACCACACCUACUGCCUCGACCACCGCAGCGAGACUGCGCACCAAUGCCCCCGGGCCGGCGAAUGGGCCAAGAACAGACGGCUGAACAGUGUUGGGAAAUCUUCCUCCCUGGCAGGGACGACGGCGGGGGCGGGUCCGGGAAAACCAAACCACACCAACGCCACACAAUGCGCCGAGACGACGUGCAAGACAUUUGUCAACACGUCGCAGAACCUAGGCGUGCACUGCCAACAGUGUAAUCGGACGUACUGCCUCAAGCACCGCUUCCGGGAAGACCACGACUGCAAGAACCUCACGCCUCUGGGCGCCCGGCCCCUCGAGAUCGCCAUGCAAUCAAAUAAAGAAAAGCUGCGGAUCGGGUUCGGACGGCUCAAGACCUGGGGCAAGGAGCGGCAGGAGGCACUCACACCUAAACCAAGCCCGUCGAGCAAGUCCGCCCAAAUAGCCGCGCUCAACACUCUCAAAAGAAACGCCAAGGGCGACGACAAGCUGGCCCCCGAGAAGCGCGUUUACUUGCAUGUCGAGGCCGAGGCCGCCUCCACCACGGCCAAACACCCCAAAGCCGACCUGUUUUUUUCGGCGGAGUGGUCUGUCGGGAAGAUGCUGGACGACGCCGCCAAGAGACUGCAGGUCGCCAACGUGAACAAUCGGGUCGAGACGGAGGAGCAGAGACUCAGGGUCUACCACGUCGAAGGCGGACGGUUGUUGGAGUUCAGCGAGAAGAUCGGGGCCUGUCUGGCGAAUGGGAACACGGUGGUUCUGCUGAGAGGAGUUGGGCCAAAGCAAGACACUGGAAAGUGA